UAUUGAAAAAAACCCUUUGAACGCAACCAUUUUGAAGUCGGACCUUUUUUGCACCCAAUUUGAACCAUAGUUGUUUGAAAAAAUUGUACUUAAACACCAUUGUUGGGACUGGAAGAUCUCCGAUUGAUUUCUCAGAAAAAUGGUCUCUGCAAAACAGAUAUUUUUAUCGCAUUUACCUGACUAUUUCAAGGAAUAUAUGUUCAAGGAACUCAACAGGUUGCGCUCAAAAUAUUUGGAUGGAGUGGUUUUCUGGAGCCGAGAAGACGACGAACCCCAACGUGUUUUCUGGAGCCGAGAAGACGACGAACCCGAACGUCUUUCUUCUACUCUCCCCGACGGCGAUAUUUCCAACUUAAACAAGAUCAUCAGAGAUUUGCUUUACAGAAUUACAAACGAUUGGGCUCCUUCUCCGUAGCUAGUUCAAUUUUGGGCACGCAUAACAACAAAAGAGGGCCGGUCUUUCCUUACAACUCGAAACCAACCUUUCUCUCUAACAUCAUUUUGGUAUGAACCUCCUAUUGAAGGACUUUUGGGGUAUAGGAUGAUCUGUAUGGAUUCUAAAUUUGACAUUGAUUUGGAUGGGGGAACAAGUCUUCCUGGGCGAGUGUUCAAGCAUCAAUUCCCCGAAUCCACGUCUAAUCUGGAGUUUUACUCUAUCACAGAGUAUCCACAGCGUGACGAUGCUAUACGUUGCGGAGUUCGAGAAUCUUUCGCUUUCCCAGUCUUUGAAUCUUCUACUCAAAGGUGUGUUGGCGUAAUUGAAGUAGUGGCACCACCAGAGGAAGGCGUUAUUUGUAACAGCUAUUUUCGGUACAGAAUAUAUAAAGAUUUUGAGGAGUUUGGUCUGAAAUGUUCAGUUGUAUUUGAUCACAAGGACAUGGAAUUAGAUGAGGAUGAAAAUGAAGCUCAUACAAUUGCCUUGGAUGAAAUCAAGAAUGUGUUGAAAAUGGUAUGUGAUGUUCAUGAUUUACCUUUAGCUCAUGCAUGGGUCCCAUGUGAGGUAGGUUGCCCAUGCAGGGCUCUGGUUGAUGGUGGCAUCCUUCAUGCAAGUUGUUAUUACAAGAAAGAUGACUAUGGUGAAGAUGAAGAUGAAGAUGACUAUGGUGAAGAUAAAAAUGCAUUUCAUCAUAUCAGUUCUUCAUUUCACUUAAAGAAUGGGGUGGGGGUUGUUGGGAGAGCACUUUUGUCCACUAAUAUGGUAUUCUGCAGGGAUGUAGCUCAACUUAGCCUAACUGAGUACCCAUUGGCACACUAUGCACGAAAGGUUGGAUUAAGCGGUUGCUUAGCAAUAUGCUUGGAGAGCAAUUGCACUGGAAAUGAUGUUUACGUGCUAGAGUUUUUUAUGCCGAUGAGCAACAAUGCCAGUGAAAACCCACACACCUCAUUAAGGAAAAUAUUGGAAACAAUGAGGAAAAAUUUUCGUUGUCUUAGGGUUGCUACUAGAGAAGAACUUGAGGAAGAAUUACAUAUUGAAGAAAUUAGUAUUCAAAAUGGUGAGAAACUUGAUCCUGUUCAAAUCCCCCAAACCACUAUAUCUUUGCCUCAGCUGGAACUCUCACAAAGUGAAGUUGAGGUAAUGCAAGUGGAUUCAUCAGAUCAGCAAUUAGUGAAUGCCAUAAAUACUGGAAGCAAUGUUUUUGGUACAGAACAUAACAACAUUGCUAUUACUUGUACACAAGAGAAAGACACAGUGAAGGCGUCAAAAAGAAAAGGCAACAAAUCUGGAGGCACAGUAAAGGUGUCAACAAGAAAAGGCGACAAAUCUGGAGGCACAGGAAAGGCGUCAACAAGAAAAGGUGACAAAUCUGGAGGCACAGUAAAGGCUUCAGACAGAGAAGACAAUAAAACGGGAGUUAAAAUUGAAAUUUCCUUAGAAGAAAUCCUGCAAACUUCAAAAAUGAAACUUGAGGAUGCUGCCCAAAGCCUCGGAGUUAGUAAAUCUACGUUGAAGUGUGCAUGUAGAGAGUAUUGUAUUGAGAAGUGGCAUCCUCGCAAUAUAAACAAAAACAAAAACAAAGGCAAAGCACCAAUGGAUCCAACUGUCAAGAAAAGUGCCCCUCCAUCUAUGCCAAAGCUCAUGAGAGACUCAAUUACAGAUCUCCAAGAAUAAGAACAAAGGACGAUAAAAGCAACUCAAACAACCUCAAGGGAGGUGAGAUCAAAGAAAAGGCAAGAACCUUCCACCACAUCCAUGCUUCAGGAAGAUUUUAACCCCACAUUCAGUGAACGGGACAUUCCAUUGAGCCAAAUGUUUGAACCAACAGUCCAUAACUCCCCAGACCAAACAUAUCAG